AGAGUCAUUUAAAUUCAGUUCAGUACAUUUAACAUUAAUAACGAAACAAUAUCGCAUCCAUUCUUUUCAUUACAGCUAUAACCUCUUUACAGCGGAUGGUAACAAUAAUAAACAAGAUACCUUAGGGAUUGCUUUUGGUGAAACAAUGUGCCGAACAAACGGGAAGAGCUCUUCUGUGAUAGAAGAUCGCCAAGAAGAUCGCUAUUCUAUCUCUACUUCUCAAACGGUAGCACAUGAACUGGCACAUGGGCCUUGCAUCUAAGAAAGUUGCAGAAGAAAGUAUGGAAAAGGCUGCAAGGGAAGUGAAAGAAAAGGUUGGAAUCAGCAACGAAGAAGGCAUCACAGACUGCGGUGUGAGCGUUGAUGGGACAUGGCAGCGCCGAGGGCACUCGAGCCAUCAUGGCGUUGUUACAGCCAUAUCAAUAGAAACAGCCUCUCAGCCCGUCACGACGGAGAAAACAAUCCCUGCAACGCUUCAGAGAGAUACAUUAUGGGUUCUCCUGAUGCGGAAAAAAAGCCUGGGACAGAGUAUAAUCCAUGGCUGUUCUCUCCCUGCAGUGUCAGUUACUUUACCAGCUUUUUGAAGGAAAAGUUGAGCUCCAGUCGAGGUUACACUUGUCUUGUCUACGCUGUCGAAGCAUCAGCAGACAUUCCAGAUGUAUCUGAUAAACUAUUGGGUCAGGUGAUCAAACCUGAUCAACAGUGUCAACAGUUUUUUGGAAAUGAUUCCUUCUUUUGCAGGGCUUCCGAAUCUAGACGCUCUAUCACUGAAAUCUGCCAAGCAAUGUUAUGUGCAGAUGUUUUAAGAGGGUUAUGUAUCCCGCAUAUAGCACUCACUGGAACAUCUUGUGGCGAUGGAAAGGUCUGCAUAAAUGGACAAUGUGUCAGCGACCCUUACGCUCCUCAACUUGAUGGCUGUGAAUACGGAGAUAGAAUCAUCGAUUGUACAAAAGAUCACUGCUUGAAUUCUCAAGUGGAUUGCUGCGGCACGUGUAACUAUGGCACCCCCUUUUCCCCAACGUACAGCACCAGAAGAAGCACACCUAAAAGAUCCACGACAGUAAAUCCCCUUGUGCUAUUCACUUCAAUUAAAGAUUGUAAACCAGGAGAUCAAGACUUGAGACCAGAACUGUGCACUAACUUUAGCGUCUGCCUAAUACAGCCAACACAGUGCUGUCACUACUGCUCGUCAUAUUACACGUCUGCAACUACAAGUACCACGACAACGAGACCAUUGAUACCAUCCACUUCACCCAAAACUAAAUGUGAACCAGGAGAUCUAGACUUGAGGCCAGAACUGUGCACUAACACUAGUGUCUGCCAGACAAAGUCAUCACUAUGCUGUCACUAUUGCUCGUUACAUUACAAUUCUGCAACUACAAGUACCACACAAUUAACGUCCCCCAACGAGUGUGUACUAGGAGAACCAGAUUUAAGUCCACAGCUGUGUACUAGCCGUAGUAUCUGCCAGACACAGCCAUUGAUGUGCUGUAAAUAUUGUUCUUCCCGAGACAAUUCUGCAAGCCAUCUCUCUUUAUACACUAUUUGGAUAUAUUGUUUUUGUAUUGCAUUCUUUCUUUAUAUUAAAACAAAUGUCUAUUAGGUAGAUAAAGUACAAAUGUCUACUAAGUAGAUAAAGUACAAAUGUCUAUUAGGUAGCUAAAGUACAAAUGACUCUUAGGUAGAUAAAGUACUUACCCUUGUUCGGAAUUUUUUUUUUAGUUUUUGUCUAUUUCUUAUCUUUAUACCAUUUUAAGCAUUUACACAAGGAAAUCAAUUAUAAUGAAGCAAUCUAUCAAUCAUAAUGAAGCAAUCGUUGGUGUACUGUGCAUGAAAUAAUAGACCUCUAAAACAUGUAACCAGGGCCGGCCUUAGAUAAUGAGCCUCCUUGUCCUUAUCAUUAUGAGGAACAUUUUGUACAUCCUCUUAUAAUUCUGGAUCUAGAGAUAAAUUAUGUUGCUUGUUUUUAUUUCUUUUAUUAAACAGUUUCAAGUUCUUUAUAUAA